GGACCUUUUGGGUCACGUGAACAAAAUGGCGGCGACUCUAAAUAGCGGAGAGUCAAAGACACAGAAUGCAACAAAGCGACUUAAAACGGAUGAAAAUGAUGGCGAGGCCGCAGCGGAGAUCUCCGUAUCGGGGUUUAAAGUCGGACGGAUCCUCCGCGACUCAGCCAGGGAGAAAAACAUUUUCGUGCACGGAAAGAUUGAUGACCAGGACGCCGUUAUCAUCCUGGAGAAAACACCGAUCACACAAGACGUCCUUGCGGAGAUGUUGAAGAAGAGCACGCAGCUGCUGGAGAUGAAGAACGACAUCUACAGCACCUUCCAGCUCCAACCUCCACCGCAUCUCAACGGAGUUAAGACCACUUUGAUCUGUCCAGCAACGGAGAAACACGUGAAGAAGUAUCAGCGUCAAGAGACGUUCCUCGUCGAGGAGACAGAGGAAGAUUAUCAGUCCAUCACACUUCCGUUCAUUAACAGCCAGAGCUUCAGUGUGCAGUGGGUUUACAACAUCUUGGAAAAGAAAGCGGAAGCCGAUCGCAUCGUUUUCGAAGAUCCAGACCCGCGAGACGGUUUCGUGCUGCUUCCAGAUUUCAAAUGGGACCAAAAGCAGGUCGACGACUUGUAUCUGAUUGCACUUGUACAUCGAAGGGACGUGAAGAGCUUGAGAGAUCUCACUCCUGAUCAUCUGCCUUUAUUGAGAAACAUCCGGGAGAAAGGACUGGAGGCCAUCAUGAAGCGCUACAGCGUCCCGGCGUCCAAACUGCGAGUCAUGCUGCACUACCAGCCGUCCUACUAUCACCUCCACGUGCAUUUCAUCACACUGGAUUACGAAGCUCCGGGGUGCGGCGUGGAGAGAGCUCACCUGCUCACCGACGUCAUCCAGAACCUGCAGGACCAACCGGAGUACUACAGUAAACACACGCUGACCUUCCCCAUCCGGGCGGACGACACGCUGCUGAGCAAGUUCAGAGACGCUGGGAGAGUCUAGACUUUUACUAGCGUGUGUAAAGUAUCACUGUAACUCACCGUCAAACCUGUGGCUACAGCGGCGCCGUGUGUUGUCCGGGUUAUAAGGUGGAAUUUACGACGACGCACCUGAUUUUAUUUUAUUUUAUUCUACUCAUUCCUUGUGAAUAAUCACCAUUUCUUCCUUCACCAAAAAGGAAAAAAAAAAACCCGAGACGUUCACCGAAGAUCUCUGACGAGAAAAUCAGAAGCUCUUUUCUUGUGUUUAUAUAAAAACACAAUAUACACAUCUGUAAUAAUGUAUCGGUUAUUUUAGGACUGUAUGUAUCGUAAUACGUAGGGAAACAAAAACGAAUGAAGUGCGGCGAUUAAAUAAAGUAUUAUUUCAUUAACACCGGUGGAAGAAAACUGCUUUUUAAUAAAGUUUUCCCUUUUGUACAGUC